ACAUGACCUACCACACGCCCACUGAGACGCCGGCCUCGGUGCUGAGGUAGAAGUUGCAUGUGUGGUUCAGCACAGCUUCAGGUCGGCUGAGAUCCACAAAGAAUGGAAACCUCACUGCAACACACCAGCGCACACAAGGGCAGGGUGCUGUCCUGUGGGAUGGACGACACCCAGGAGCAGGACCACUACGAGGAGCGUCUGCGAGAGGUGUUCAACAGCUUCGAUGCCGAUGGCUGCGGCUCUCUGUCCUCGGAGGAGCUCUCCGAUCUCUGCCAGUCCCUGCAGCUGGGUGAUGCCACGCCGGCCGUCUUCCAAACGCUGCUGCAGAACCAGGAUCCCCUUACCGCCAGAGUUGACUUUGACCGAUUCAAGAAUGCACUCAUUCUGGUUUUCACAUCAGCCAUUGAGACAUCAGAGGCAGAAGAGCAAAAAGCCAUUUCCCCAGCGUCUCCUGAGAUCCAACCAAAGUUUGUGAAGGGCAGUAAACGCUACGGCCGCCGCUCCACGCCCGAGUUCACGGAGCCCAUCCCAGACCUGUCAGAAGCUGCCAGCUCGGGCCCGCUGGUUGAUGAGGAUCUGGAGGACAAUGACUCGGCUGUUCCCAGGAAGCGUGAGCGCUGGAAUGCUCACGAAACAAGCACGGAGGAAUAUGAGGCAGAGGGCCAGUUGCAUCUCUGGAACCCAGACGAACCCAGCACACCCCGGGGAUCCAUCGUUCCCCCGUCGACCCAUCUGGAGGAGAAGCUGCGUGAGGCCUGUGAAGAGUUGGGGAUAUCGUGGGAGGGAAGUGUGGGCCACCCUGAGCUACUCACUCUCUGUGAACACCUACAACUGGAGGUAAAUGGAGACUUACUCCUAAGCCUAAACGGUGAUGGAGCGAUGAAUGUUCAGGAGUUUGUUUCCAGGGUUGUGAGCCACAACAAACCUCCCACUCCCUCCGCUUCCACGCCCUACAGACAGCUGAAACGACAUCACUCCACUCAGCCCUUCGAUGAGGGAGGAAGAAGAAUAACCACCCCCGCGGCUCUGAGCGGCACUAUUGGGAUGCGCCUCUUCUCUACUCUCGAUGACGGCACUGGUUUCACCCCAGCGGAAUGCAUCCUGGAUGCCUGGAUAGAAGAAGGAAUAGAAAACAGCACUGAGAUCCUGCAGGCUCUGAGUUUCAGCCUCGAUGGCAAAGUGAGUCUUAGUGAUCUCACCAUGGCGCUUGAAAAUGAGCUGCUCGUUACUAAGAAUGGGAUUCACCAAGCAGCACUGGCGAGCUUCAAGGCUGAGAUCAGAUAUCUGCUCGAGCGCGUAGACAAAGAACUCAGGGAGAAGGAGAAAAUCAGAACUGACCUGGAAAAAGCAGAGAAACUGAAAACCCAGCUCGCCACUGAGGUGGACGAGCACCACUCUGCCAUUGAGCAAAUGAACAGUCUCAACAUCAGGAAGCUUGAGCAGGACCACAAGGAGAAGUUGGCAGCCGUACGAUCAGAGCUGAUGAAGGAGAUCAACCACAUCCAGCAGCAGGCGGGUCUGCAGCGUGAGGAACUGGAGGCGGAGAUGGAGAAGAUCAGAGAGGACGAAUCUUUUCUCAGGGACCACCUCUCAAUUUCUGUCAAGGAAAACAGACGCCUUGAAAUGGAGCUACUGGACAGCACAGAACAACUAGUGGAGGCAGAAAGCCAGAUCACCAAGCUUCAGAUAAGUUUGGACAACAUUAUGAAAGAAAAGUUUGGGGACUUGGACCCUGGCAGUGCAGACUUCUUCCACCAGGAGGAACGUAUUAAACAGCUGCGUAGCAGCUAUGAAGCUCAGUGCAGGGACCUGCAGGAUCGCAUUGAUGAGCUGCAGUCGGAGUUACAGGAGUUCCACAGUCUUGGUCGAGGUAAUCAGUCCUGCAACAAACCGCUCUCUGAAGAGCUGGAGAGUAAAAGUCCUGGCAUGGAGUCAGAUCCAGGUAUCGGUUCAGAGGACGUUCAGCCGUUCAGCCUGAGCCUGGAGGCAGAGAUGAUGCUGGAGCAGCUGAAGGAGCAGCACCUUCAGGAAAUAGAGGACUUGCGAAACCAGCUAGAAAGCAAGAUUAAUGAAUUUGACAAGAUGAUAGAAAAGCAGAGGUCGACUCACGAGGACCAGAAGGCUGCCCUAAUCCUCCACUACCAGCAGGAGGUCCAGGCUCUGAGGGAAGAGAUGGCCACUGUUCAGAGCCGCGCACAGCAGCUCGAGAGCCAAAUAGAGCAGGCAGAGCUGGACCAGAAGCAGGCUGAGCAGAGGGACGGGCUUCAAAACCCGCAAGACGAGGAAGGUGCGACUUUGAGACGACUGCUCCAGGAGGCCCAGACCCACAGUGCAGACCUGGAGGAGCAGCUGAAGGCCCUCGAGGCCCAGCAGGCUACAGUGAAUGAAAACCUUCUCACAGAGAUGGAGGAACUGAAAAAGCAACACGCCAAUAAUAUUAAGAGACUAGAGGAGAAGCAUUUAGAGAUUUUUGAAGCCAGACUUGAUGGGGAGAAAAGCAAACACCACGAAGAAAAGCGAGAAUUAGAGAAGAGGUUUUUAGAAGGUUUUAAAACAGAGAAAGAACUGCUGCUGAAACACCAUCAGGAAACGUUGUUGGUGGAACUGGAGGAGGCAAAGGUCAGGUUAGAAGAGGAGCAUAGUAAAACUAUAAAGACACUGACAGAGCAGUGGGAGAAAGAGAGGGCUCGGAUGGACGAGCAGAGUCAGGAGUCUCUCCAGGCGCUUUUGGAGGACGAAAUGUUGCAGCUCGUCAGGGAACACGACGACCGAGAGCGGAAACUCAAAGAGCACUGGGAGACGGAGCGUGCCGAGCUUCAGCAGCUUCACGAAGAGGCUCUGCUCAGUAGAAAAGUGGAGGAAAGGUUGCAGGUGCAACAGCAGUGGGAGCAGAGGGAGAGGAAGCUAAGAGAGGAGUGGGAGAGGGAGAAACUGCAGCUGGAGGAGGAUUACGAAGGGAUGAUCCAAGAUCGGCUGAACGAGGAGCGAGAGAAGCUCGAGUCUGAGAGGGAAGAAGUAGAAAAGAGGAUAGAAAGCGUAAGGACAGAGGAGAGGGAACGGCUGGAGGAGCGUCACCGAGAGGUCACGAAGGAGCUGGCUGCCAAGCACUCGGAGGAGAGGGAUGCACUGAGCGCCAUGUUAGAGAAACUCCGAGAUGACAUCACUCAGGAGAGGAGGGAACUCGAGACGAGCUUCACCCAGAGAAUCAAAGAGGUAGAAGAUCGUUUUUCAGGCGAUCAAGAAUCGGUUGUAGAGCGUUUCCAGAGCGACAUCUUGAAACUCGAGCAGCACUACCGACGCGAGGUGAAGGCGCUUUCUGAAAAGCAUGUUGAGCAGAAGCACCAGUGGGAAGCACAGAUACGGAUGGCUCUAGAAAACGGCGAGGAGCAAAGGCGAAAGGUGGAGCGGGAAAGAGAGAGCCAGAAAGAGGAGUGGACCAAAGAACGGGAUCAGCUGGAGAAGAUUCACGAGGGGAAAGUAGAGGAACUGAUUCUGAAGAACAAGCAACUGCGGAAUGAGCUGGACGAUUUCACGAGUGCGGCGCAGAACAAAGAAAUCGAGCUCAGCAGGCAGCUGAAUGACCUCUACAGCAGACUUCAGGAAAGCCUGGAAACCAAAGAUGAGCUCGUGGCUCAGGCGGAGGACAAAGUGCUUCAGACUGAGCUCCUGUUAAGUCAAGCAGUGGAAGAUUUCCAGCAGGAGAAGGAAGAACUGGAAGCGAAAUACAAUGAGAUGCUUCGGAUCUCGGAGAGGCAGGUAAUGGAGAGGAUUGAGCUGUUAACGGAGCGAGAUGACUUGAAGAUCAAGAUCGAGGAGCUGGAAAUGCUGCUUGAACGGGCAACACUGGAGCCUGAGCUUGAGAACCAUGGAUUCACCUCUAACUCCCAGAGAGAAGAGCUGAUGACCGAGAGAGAUCCGCUAAGAUCUGAUGGGCCACAAAUGAAGAUGACUGAACAUAACCCUGCACUUGACCCUGCAUCAAACCCGGAGGCUGCUGGAGACAAAAACGAAUCUGUCCCCUCGUUCCUGGGCGCGACUGAAGGUGUAGUUACCCGUGAGAAGAGCACGACUCUUGAGUCAUGUGAGGAGACUAACCCUCAAGAUGUAACCGUUCACAGUGCGAGUCCUUCUGACGAGCGGCGUCAUGAGGCUGCGGCUGAUCCAGCAGGGCCGGAGGAGGCGGCGGACCUCGGUCAACUGCCUCUGGCCGAUGCUGAGGUUCCCAGUUCACCAGAGAACUCUCACGACAACGAGGCAGAACGCGUUUCAGAGUCCGACUGUGAACAUUUAAUGCCUCAGGAUUGUCUGGAACAUCUGGAGGCCGAUGACGAUUGUCCCCUCUUUAAACUGCAGGCUUUGUACAACACUGCGACGGAGGAAAACCUCCUCCUACAUGAGAAAAUUGCUCUUCUCCAGCAGAAGUCAGAAAUCCUAGAGGAUCUGUUGGCUCAUAACGGUGAGAAGAUCAAAACCAGCCACCAGGUGCUGGAGGAGAAUUACACCCUCAAAGUUAAAAUGCUGCUGUUAAUGGAGCACGUGCGCGAGCUGGAGACGAAGGCCUUGAAAAUGGCGGAGCUUCACAUUAGAUACGAAGACUGCUUGUGUGAAAACGCAAAGCUGAGGGACCAGAACGAUGAACUGGAGAGGAGGGUUUGGAGCCUGGAGAGUGCAAUGAAUAUUUUCCCUGAUUUCCACGACCUGCGGGUCUCCUGUGUGGACGAGAUCAGUCUGAGGGACAGGAACGCGAAGCUGCUGGAGCUGAUCUGCGAGCUCGAGGGGCGGGACGACGUGUCCCCAGGAAACGAGCCGGGGGAGGACGAGGUGCUGGACGCGAGCGGGCGGCCGGCGCCACCCGCUCAGCUGGAGGCCGACCUGGACGACUGCUGCGUGGAGUUUGAGAAGCGCAACGGCAGGCUGCGCAGAGCCAUCGCUGAGCUACAGGACAGGUCGCAGGCGAUAAAUGAGACGACGGAGGCCCAUAGGGCUGAAGUCGGCCGUCUUGCUGAGGAAAAUCUCGUCCUCAGAGAAAGAAUCGCUGCCUUGGAGGAAGAGGACUUCAAAGAAGGACAGCUUAUGCAAACAUUGGAAGUCCUACAGAAGGAAAAACUUGCAGCACAAAAGGCGGCAGAGCACUUCAAACAACAGAUUUCAGAGCUGCGUUUGCAGAACCAGCAACUCGAGAGGGAAAGUGGGGUAAGCGUGGAGCAUCCUGAGGAAGUGGAGGACGUUGGGCCGCAGCUGGUAGAGCCGGUAAAGGGACACAAGAGGAGGGCGGCGCUGCCCGGCGAAGACGAGAACCAGCUGGCAGCUUGUGUGUCGUCUUUGGAGGCAGAGCUCACCAAAGCUCUGAAGGACACUGCACAGCUGGAAGGGAGGAAUAUCCAGCUGUCGCAGCAGCUGUCUGACCUCAGAGAGAAGGAGGCACAGCUCAGCCAUCUAGUAGAGGAGCGGAGGAAGACGGAUAAAGAGACUCAAGGCCUUCGCAACCAGCUAGCCAGAGCUCAGGAGAAGAUCAAGGCGGCAGAUGAAACCCUUCAAGCUGUGACCCAUCAGAGCUCCCGUCUGAAAGCAGACGUCUGUGUUUUGGAGCAGGAGAAGGAUUCCCUCAAACACGAGCUUGCAGUGCUGCACAAACAGCUGCAGAACGCCGAUGAUAAGAACCGUCUUUUGGAGAUGGCCCUGCACUCCAGCGGUCUCCAGAGUCAGAGCAAAAGGCUGUACAGAGAUGAGAUGUCUCGGCUGAUGGAGCAGGAGCAGCAGCUGCUGAGGCAAGAGAACGAGAGGCUUCAGUCUGAAGUGCACAGCAUUAAAGGAGACCUCCUGCAGUCCAGGGAGAAGGUGCAUCAGCUGGAUGCAACCAUCCUGUCCCUGAAGCAGCACAGACACAGGAGCCAGUCAUCGCUGGUGAAGGCCUUGGAACAGGAGAACGCCUUUCUGAAGCAGGAGCUUGAGGCUCAAAAGGACCUGAAUAAGGGGGACGAAGCUGGACAAAGACAUUUGGAGCUGGAAAACCUUCAGCAGGAAAACGAAGCGCUCAAAGCUCAGAUGGCUCGACUGUCUAUGCAACUGCUAGAGACUUUCCCAGCUCAGCUGGUGGGUCUUCUGCCCCCGUCACCUCACAGAAUGCCCAGAGGACCCCAUCGAGCUGAAGAUCCGGACAAUGUGCAGCAGGAUGACCGAGAGAGGAAGAUGAAGAAUAUGGAGGAGCGCAUGAGGGAAAUUGAACUAUCGCUGCGUAACGUCAAGCUCCUGCUGAAAGAAAAAGUCGCUCAGCUCAAAGACCAGCUGCAUAAGAACGGCAAGGCAGACGUGUUGAUCGGUGAUCUGUACGUGGAGAACGCCCAGCUGCUGAAAGCUCUGGAGCGAACACAACAGCGUCAUACAAUUGCAGAGAAGAAAAACUACCUACUGGAAGAAAAGAUCUCCAGCCUUAACAAGAUCGUGCGAGACCUAAACCCUUCUCCCCUCUCCGCACUCUCCUACCAUUUUAAACGCCCGUAAUGCACUCCUGACACUGACUCUGCUCCAAAGUGGUGGCAUUUAUUCGUUGCAAGCCAACGUUUCCUUUUGGCGUGAAGCCUUUUGCAGUAGCUUUUAUAUUAAGCAUAAUUUUUUAUUUUUUUUUUUUUAUGAAGUUGGACCUAUGAAGAACCAAAUCUGAAGGUUAGACUGUGAAGGAAUCCUUUCAUUUAUACAAUUUUUGAAUGCAUAACAAAUAAAAUGAGUAAAUAUUUUAUUAUGACACUACAUUUCUACUUUGAAAGACUAAAGCAAUAUUGAAUUGCACUUUUUAUAUACUGUACGUGUCCUUUUGUGUUUAUUAGGUCUCUCCUCUGAAGGAGAAACAUGAAUCUGCCUGUCAUGAGUAAAAUCAUGUAAACAGAGGUCAAAUAAUGUGCUGACCUUUUGGAAGGUAUUUGCUACCUGAAGUUACAUUUGUAUUAAAUGUCAAGCAGCAAUAUGUACUAUUUAAAUGUAUUGGGAUAAAAUCCUGUGAUGUGUAAAGCUUUUGCGCUUUCGAACCUUUUGCACCAUUAUGAAUGUAUUUGAUUGCAAUGAAGAAAACCGGGUUCAUGCUUUGUGUUACAACUAAAUAAACACGAGUUAGUUGCGA